GAAGAAUGGUCGACCGUUACGAAGCCCCAUUUCGAAAGACUCACCGCUGCAGAAAAAGAAAGAUACAAGCUAUUGGCAAAAAGAAUGCCAGCCCGAACUGUGAUGCAGCCACCCAAAUACACAUCGCAAGGUGUUCCACUGGAACAAGUCGAGCGAGAGCAAAGAGAAUUGGCUGAAAAGAAGCGAUUUAUGGAAAGAAAAGUCAAACACAUCGUCAAAAACGCCUUUUUAGAGAACGAUAUCAAAAGUCGGCCAUUCGUCUUUAUAAUGGCCAAUUAUUUCUACAAGACCAAUUCCGGUAUGUAUUCACCUGCUGAGAUUGCCAUCGCGAAGUUCUCUUUUGAAGACGCAAUUUUGAAAUUUUAUCACACGUUUGUCAACCCAGAAACGGUUACCAUUGGUUACGCUUUCGAAGCAAAAGAUCGUUCCGAAAAGGUACACCGAUUACCACCGCCGCCAAAUGCGCUCGGCGAGAAAGACUACGAAAAGAUCUAUUCGGCCAUUCUCGGUGUGUUGGACUCAGAGCCCGGCCAAACAUUUGACAAAAGUGAUAGUAGACGUCCAUACGUUUUCACUCGCAAAGAAGACAAUGAAGUUAUUGAAUCCAUCCUCGACCAGUUGUCUGAGGUGGCCGAAAAACAAUGGCACACCACUUUCGAUGUCUUUGACUUCGAGCUGCUGUUCAAUGAACUUAAGAACAACGUUGAACUCGCUACCGAGCCUAUUCGAAUCACAGUCACCAACACUUUCAUCGAACAGGAUAGAUACGAUUCCACCCCCAAUAUCUCAUGUGAUUUCCACGAAAAUGAGGAUGUAACACGGCAUUGUGCUUUAAGCUAUGUACGCCGUUGGUUCUUCCUCUGUGCCGAUCACAUUUGUGAGAAAAUUGGCGUAAAACUGGUGCCCGGGAAACAUUUGCCUGCUAAUGCUCGAUUGGAAGCACCAAUUCCAUUUGAAGACUAUCCGUUCAUACAAAGUGGAAAGAAGCGCAGCGAUGAUCAAUAUUCAAGCGUCUCAUCGUCGUACACUGGCUAUUCAAAAUUUUCGGAUUCGGAUGACUCAAGCUCUGACGAUUAGUGAGAGUCCAUAUCAAAUUCGUACAUACGUUUUAAACUGUUUUGUCAAGAAAUACAUUGCUUAGUCGGAUUUAAGAAACUCAAAAAACACAAUUUAUACAAUUUUAUUGUUAUUUUCUUCUCAAUUAAUCGAACAGAAAAAAUAUGCUGUCAUUAAAAUAAGUCAAUCACGAAUAAACAUUCUAUUUUUUAUCAUCAAAACAAACCAA